GGGGGGUUGUCGAGGGGGGGGUGCCUGAAUAUAAAUGGGAGUCACGUGCGGCGUUGAUGGGAGUUAAGAAUAGACUUGAGCCCCGAACACGGGUGGCAUGCCGUCCCUGGCCGUAUAUGUGCAUGCCGUCUAUCUGCCAAGGAAGUGGAAUUUUUUAAAGGGGCAGUCUCGCAGUUUUGGCGGGGACACCUUCACAGAAACAACCCUUUGAUUUACGUCAAUAGGCGGCAGCCCAAUGUUUUUGAGGUGCCCUUGCGCUUAGCUCUGGCUGAUAUCGGCACCGGGCGAUAUGUGAUUUAUCUGACUUUGCCCGACACGUACUGAAGCUUGUGUUGAGCCGCAUAAUUGUAGACGGGCACAAAAAACACAAUACAGCGAUAGCUUAAAUGUCACAGUCGUGUUUUUUAUGUCGUUAUUUUAUCGUGCUUUAUCGACCACCACAGGAAAAGCCAAGAUGCUUUUGGAUUAUUACUUUGAGAUGAAACGGACCGUCAUCUGUCUGGACAACGCACAAUAUUGCAGAUGUUUAUUUGAGUGCUGCGUUGCUAAUGCAAAUCUAUAACGAGUUGUUGCUGUGCGUGCCAUUUUUAUGAGGUGACACACGUCGCCAGGACUGCUCUGAUCUGCAUGUGGCAUGUCAAGUAUCCUCGCUCACGACUGUUGCAGAUUUUAUUUACUCGUGAUGUGUCUGGCAUUGAUGUACACAUCUGCAGGCAGUCGGGCAGAGUAAUGCACCAAAUAAGGUUGUUUAUUGGUACCCGGAAGGCUAUUUGGCAGGAGGAUUUUUCUGUUGGGCAGAUCAAAGUGAUGCUAGAUAAAAAAAAUUAAAUGUGUACCAUUUUUCAUUCCUGUUAUUUCGAGCAGUUAAUUUCCGAGUGUUGCAUGCUUUUAGCGCCAGAUCUUUUGUACUUAGUCCUUUGCGCUCUUUCUUUUUAUAUUCACUGCUGUUUUUAUUCUUAUAUUUCCAUAAAUGUGUGCAUUGCUGUUUGGCUUGUUUUGUUUUUGUAUAAAUCAUUUUAUAAUGGAUGUCCACUUUGAUUUUGAUGUUGGACUUGCGGUGUGGCAUGGUGUUUGAUAUGGAUUAUGAGGAUUGCCGUAUUGCUAUGCAAAUUAUAGGUGUGGUGUAUUUAUUUAAUGGAACACUGCACAGUCCAGUGCCAUGAUGACACGAGACUUUGAAUUCGGAUUGGUAUCAAACGAGUCAUGCCAGGUACACUGUUAAUUGGAUGAGAUAACAAAUGUGUGCCACGAUUAUUUGUUUCAAUAUUUGCACCAACCUAUAACCCGCACCGUGACGCUCUGUGCACUCCACUCGGGUCACUGGCGGGCUCUCUCUCGCUCUCUCCGUGCCUCCUCUCCCCCCCCACCGUGUCUUUGAACACUUCGGUUAUACUGUCAACACCGCGUUGCGGCCGUUGGGGAAUAAUUUGAAAAUAAUUAGUGAAAUAACCUAGAUUCGAUGUUGCAGCAGCAACGGCGCCUAAAUUGCUAAACAAUUUGGUGUUAACUUAAUUGCAUGUUUUGUAUAUAUAAAAAAGUGUGCUUUUCUUAGCACAUUUUACUACAUAAUCUGGCCUUAAUUUAAAAUAUUUAAGCUUUUGAAACGAUUACACCUCGCUUGAACGAAGAGAACAAAAAGAUCCUUUUUACGUUAAAAUUGUUUCCACCGACUUAAGCACGACGUCAACGCCAUCGUCCUUUCCGCAAAUUACUUGGCAGCUCAAACGCGCACGGGUUGGGCGGCCCUGCUCGCUUCUGGGUCGCUCUGAGCAAUUGGUAGAAGUUCCACAUUCCCAUGGCGGGAUCCAUGAUGAAUUCCCACCUAAGCUGUGCUAAUUAUUUUGACUCCCAAUAUGGAUGAUAGGCAGAGUGGCGACCCCGACAGAUUCCGAGUCGCAUUCACGGGACUCUAAUCACGUUCUGGUGAUGACGACUCUGCCCGAAUUUGACAUUGAGGCCCGGCCGUAAGCGGCGAUGCACGGUAUGACCGAACACGUUCACCACGCGAUUAGUCCGUGCGCCGGUCGAACUGUGCGUGUGUGCUUGCGCGUGCGUGCAGGAUCCCGGCGCAGUACGUCUACCCGCAGGCGCUCAUGCAGCCGGGCAGCCUGCUGCUGCAGGGCCCCAGCCACGCGACCGCCGUCUCGCCGUACCUCGCCGACUACGCGGCGGCGCACGCGGGCGGCGGCGGCGGCGUCGCCGCCGCGUACGUGCAGUACGCCAACGCCUACGAGCAGUACGCUUACCCGGCGGCGGCGGCGGCCGCGGCGGCGGCGGCGGCCGCGGCGUCCGGCUACGUGACGCCGCCCGGCUACGGCUACGCGCACCACUCCGGCAUGGCUGGCACCGCCAGCCCCCCGGCCGCGUCGCACACGCCCGCCAUCGCGCCCUUCGCGCACUUCCAGCCGCCGCCCCUGCAGGCCGACCGGCUGCAGUGACGGAAAUCUUUCUCGUCGUUGCCCAUCUUCGCUCGCCUGCCCCGCUUCGCGCCGCUCGCCCGCCCGUUCGCUCUCCCCCCCCCGCCCCAUCCAAAGUCGUUAUGGCGGCACCCUUAACACCGCAGCCAGGGCUGUCUGUGACUGCAGCCUCUCAGACGGCCGUGGUGGCAAUCUGAGCUGUAGGAGGGGUCGAGCUGUGGGAGCCGCCCCAGGGUCACGCUAAGCUUUGUCCUGUGCAACUAUGGCGUCUUCGGCUCGUACGAAGACGCUGUAGUUGGUGUGAGGUGGCGUACCCCGUGCUCUCCGUUGUGGCAACACAUGUUGUUGCUGUUCAUCAAUCGGUGUGUUUUUUGCACAAGUUGAUGGAUUUCUGUGUCGGGUGGGGGGAGGGCCUAAAGUGAGCUUGACCUACUUUUUUUGAGUAGUUAUUUGAUUAAUUUCCACCAAUUUAUCUGCCAGCAAAGUAAUACGGUAUAGACACACAUAUAUUUGCCAUUUACACUGUAGUAUAUUGAAUACGGGUAGCAUGAACUAGCUUAGCCCUUCUGUAAAAUUAAUUAAUUUAGAAUCAUGUGGCCCUCUAAGGGUUCUUAGCCUCGACUGCUUAAAUGGAAGAAAAGGGAAAAAUACAAAAAAAAGGAUAGUCGGUGUCUAAAUAUUUAAAACAAAAAAAAAAUCGCAAAUGAUGAACAUAUACGUUAAUUCCUGCUGCUUAGAAUAUUUACCAAAGCUUGGCUUUAUUUGUUGGCUUUCUUUUUACUAUAUUUGUCUAAAAAAAAACCAAUACAAUAGGGAUGGCAAUGUCGAUUUUACAAUACACUGGAAGAGAACGUUAAGUGUUACCCAUCGUCGUCAUCAUCGUCGUCGUCGUCGCUCGCACUACAUUCGUGAACCGGCACGCUCAACGUUCCCUGCUCCCGCCCCGCCCCAUGUGUUUUCUAAUGGUUCUCUGAAGAGGGCAGAGUUUUCUGUCCACUGUGCCUUACCGCGUGCAUCGUCGGGGUUAUUUAUUUGUCAGCAGUUACAUUCACGGAACAAACAAUGCGUCUGCCGGCUAUGCAGAGCGCUGUGGGAGAGAGAGCCUCGAUUGUCGCCAUGCGCGAAAUUUAAGCUCUCGGAGCACAAUAUUUGAAGCAAAAAGGUUCUUUAUUAAUACUAUGCUUAUCAUUAAUGUUAUUGUUUUUAAAUACCAUUAUUUCACACAAAGCUACAUUUAUAAAUCCCAUUCAUUGCUAGAUUAUUUUAGCGCUGAAUACACUGAUUAUCCUUUCUAUCUUAUUCUCUAGUUUUUAGAAAGAAAGCAUUUACAAAGUAAGAACGUUGUCUUGUUAUUUUUUUUUCCUGUAGUCUAUUUACCGGUGUACACAUGCAAUUUAAAAAUAAUAAUAACUGGAAUCGUCUUUUCAUAAUUUAAAAUGUGACGGGACAUAUUUCUAAUUUCAAAUAAUUGUCACCAAAGCCUAUAGUUAAACUUCUGAAGCUGUUUACAGUUUUGCUCUGUAUAUACAUGUGUCGUGACUACUGCGUUUAAAAAAAAUGUAACUCAAAUGAAUUGGUGAUGUGAUUGAUUGCUCGAGUCUCUUGGUGCAGUAACGAUCUGGCCUGUCACAAGUCCACAGGAGCACUAACCGCAGUUUUAAACUAAAAGAGAAAAAAACGAGAAAUGUUGGUUUAUUUUUUAAAGAGUAAUUGCAGACAAUUUUUCUUUCUUCAAAAUAUUUAAUUCGCAACCUGAAAUGACCAUGUUCUGCUUUGUACCCUUACGAUGACGACAAGAGUGCGCCCAGAGAGAGGGGGGUGGUGGUGGUUUAGAUUUCCGUCGUACCAUACAGCACCGGCCUCGGUGGAGUUUGCUGGCAGCACUGGGGGGCGAAGCGAGUAUCUGCCCGGAUGAUUCUAUUUUUCCCGGUACUGGCUGGCGGUGUUUGUGACACGCAAGCCGUCGCCGCGUGUCUGCCCGUGGCACCCCUCGCGCCGCCACUCCAGGAUGUCCUUGCCGACUUGUGACUCGCUGGUUGGAGGCGGUUCAAGCGCUUUAUUGUUAAUUCCUGUUGUGUAUGUUGAUAAGCACAACGGGGGGAACAAUGGUGGGCUGCCUGGAGCGUACGAAGAUGUGUUCAUCAAAUUGUGAUGGAAUGUGUAACAAAUAAUCAGGUAUGACAGUAUUAUACUGUUUUAUUAUUGUUUAUGAUGGCAUUUUUUUUCAAACCACUGCAAUACACUUCAGGAGGGUCAUUGUAUACUUAAAACAUGAUAUAUAUUAAAUUAUAAUGAACAUGC